AUAUCAAAACGUCUUAUAUUUUGAAACGGAUGGGGUAUAUAGUAAAGUUUAAAAAUAGAUCCGAUAAGUUGAUUCCAAAAAAAAUUAGAAUCUAAUUUUUUAUUAUUAUUUUAGCAUCUAAUUAACAAGAUUUUAGCAUCUAAUUUUAAAAAAUUUAGCAUCUAAUUAUGAACGCUAUAUUUUAACAAUAAAAAUUUCAACUACCUACCUAUUAUAGUAUUAUUGACUACUUUUUAGAUUUCAGUCUACCAAAAAUAUACGUUCACAAGAAGAGCAAUCUAUCUUCUUCUUUUUUCCCACUAUCUAUCUAUUUGUUUAAGACAAACAAAUACAAUUUAUAAAUAAUCCAAACCCCUCUCCAAUCCAUCAAAAACUAAAACCAUUAUCUUCUCCAAGGAAAGAAAAAUGAAAUCUUCAACAACUCAAACCAUAAUCGUCACAUUUUUUCUCCUUAUAAUUCCAACAUCAUUCGCAGCACCACCAAAACUCGAAGACAGUUUCACACAAUGUCUCACCACUUUCAAACCUUCCGACCCAAAGUUCCCAAUCCAAAACUUCACAUACACGCAAGAAAACCCUAACUUCCUCAUCAUUCUCAACAACUACGUCCGUAACCUCCGUUACUUCAACGGUAUUACACGUAAACCGGUGGCGAUCGUGGCUGCGGCUCACUUCACUCAUAUCCAAGCUACAAUAAACUGCGCCAAAAAACUUGGCCUCCAGCUUCGAAUCCGUAGUGGAGGACACGACUACGAUGGAAUGUCUUAUUUAUCCACCGUCGAUUUCGUCGUCCUCGACAUGUUUAAUCUACGUUCAAUCGAGAUUGAUCCUAAACUGGAUACCGCGUGUGUCCAAUCGGGUGCCACCCUAGGAGAGAUCUACUACAACGUUGCCAACAAAAGCAACAACCUCCGAGGGUUCCCUGCAGGAAUCUGCCCCGGUCUCGGUGCUCGUGGGCAUUUUAGCGGUGGAGGUUACGGAAACAUGAUGAGGAAAUACGGUUUAUCUAUUGAUAACAAUAUAGACGCUAAGACUGUUGAUGCUAACGCAAGAGUAUUGGACCGGAGCUCAAUGGGAGAAGAUCUUUUCUGGGCCAUACGAGGCGGUGGAGCCGCUAGUUUCUGUGUUGUCUUAGCCUGGAAGAUCAAACUUGUUCCGGUGCCGGAGAAAGUUACAGUCUCGAUCGUCGAUCUCGGAAACGGUUGGAAACCGAGGAGGAGUAAGCCAUCGACAGAAACAGCGUUUCCUCACCGUGCAGGGAACAUGUUCAAGAUUCAGUACUCAUCUAACUGGUUCGUGCCAGGUGAAGAAGCGGCUAGCGAUUGCUUGAGCCAGACGGAAAGAGUGUUCAAGGCAAUGAGCCCUUACGUGUCUAAGAAUCCAAGAGAAGCGUUUUUGAACUAUAGAGACGUUGACAUUGGGAAGAACUUGAAUUCGACGUACGAGGAAGGUAAAGUGUAUGGAGUUAAGUAUUUUAUGAAUAACUUCGAGAGGUUGGUUCAGGUUAAGACUAGAGUUAAUCCCGACAACUUUUUCCGGUACGAGCAGAGCAUUCCAGUGCACUUGAACCGUUAG